CAUUUUUUGACCCCUUUGGUUCAUGCACAUGACUUGCAGUAAACUCUAUAUCAAGGUGUUCCGACGCCAGAUUUUUAUACAUAUACAACGAUGGAGACUUCUACCUCAUUAGUCAUCUGUACAAUCUUCAUCUGGUUUUUUUCGAGUGUUUCGGCCAAACCGCCACAUAUUCUUUUCAUCGUAGCAGACGACCUUGGUUGGAACGAUGUCGGAUUUCGCAAUCGUGAUGUUCUCACCCCGAACAUUGAUAAAUUAGCACGUAGUGGGAUGAUUCUGAAUUCAUCUUACGUAAACCCGGUCUGCACACCAUCAAGAAACUCAUUCAUGACUGGUCAAUAUGCCUUUAAAUCAGGGUUACAGCAUAUCGUGAUCCUUCCGCCACAGGCCACUUGUUCUCCUCUCAACUAUACAUUUUUGCCUCAAAAGUUGAAGGAACUUGGCUAUGCUACUCAUGCCAUUGGAAAGUGGCAUUUAGGAUUUUGUAAAUGGGAGUGUACCCCUACGUAUCGAGGAUUUGACACAUUCUAUGGAUUUUACAACGGCGCAGAGGACUACUAUACUCUAAGUGUCGUAAAAAUUGGAGGUAAAGACUUCAGAGACAAUAAAACUCCUGUAAACGCAACAGGUGAAUACUCAACAUUUAUGUAUGCCCGGAGAGCAGAGUCCAUUAUUAGGGAGCACGAUGCGUCUAGACCCAUGUACAUGUACUUACCUUUCCAAUCAGUGCACCAACCCCUCCAGGUCCCUAAGAAGUAUAGUGACAUGUACUCUAAGGUGCAUACAGAAUCCCGCCGGACCUACCUAGGUAUGGUAACUGCAAUGGAUGAAGCUAUCGGCAACAUUACAAAAGCUCUAAAGUCCAAAGGAAUGUUAAAUGACACUCUUAUUAUUUUUACUACUGAUAAUGGUGGUAUGAUUCCCUACGGUGGGAAUAAUUACCCUUUGAGGGGAGGAAAGACCACUUUGUUUGAAGGAGGAACUAGAGCAACUGCAUUUGUGUCCGGAGCAGGAAUAAAAAAGUCUAACAUUGAAUAUUCAGGAAUGAUUCAUGCAGUAGAUUGGAUGCCAACAGUGCUAAGCGCCGCAGGAGGAACGCCAGACCCGACAUUGGAUGGUAUUGAUCAGUGGGAUAGUCUUCAAAAGGCAGGAGAAUCAAAACGAACCGAGUUUAUUUACAACAUCGACGAUUUAAAGCCGGAGAAUUGUGGCCACGCUGCUAUAAGGAUGGGUGACUACAAGUUGAUCGAUGGUUAUCCUGGGGCCUACCAAGACUGGUACAAGCCAGACCAAGUCGUGUCUGACUUGUAUGAUGGUUAUCCUGGGGCCUACCAAGACUGGUACAUGCCAGACCAAGUCGUGUCUGACUUGUAUGAAGAUGUAUCGAUAAACCACACUCGCCCAUUUGACGACAUAAUGAUGCUUUUCAAUCUUAAAGAUGAUCCUAACGAACAUGUAGAUUUGUCCAAGAAGCACCCAGAUAUAGUGAAAAAAUUGAAGUCGAGGCUCGAGUACUAUCACAAACAAAUUGUUCCUGCAAAUUUCCCAAGCAUUUCGCCUUCGUCAGCGCCGAGCAAUUACGGAGGAUUUUGGACACCUGGGUGGUGUUAAUUUGAUGUAAUCUGAAAGAAUCUGUGACUUUGUUCUAUAACUUAUUUUAUCAUGAAUAUAUGGAGCCUUACAUGACAUAAGGAUUUUUUUUAAAAUGGUUUUUCAUUGUAAAUUUAAAGUAAAUUUCAUUAACUUUUUCUAAUAACAUCUGUUGGCAUGUGAAGUUUACAAAUACUCACACCUGUGUUGAAUAAAUGAGUUUGAGAUUAUAACGACACUGGCAGUUAAAGAAGAAUUAUUUGUUAUCAAAAUACUCGUUUUCGUAUAAACAUUGCUUGUUUUAUCAUAAGAAACUGACAGCUGUAUCAGUAAACAUCAACAAAGAAAAAUCAUAUACAAUUUUAUGGGUUACACAUUUCAUACGCAUAACUCAAACACCCUGUACAUGUGUUUUUCAAUAAAGACAAUUGAUAUUAAAAAUUGAUUAUUUCCACCUUUUCAACUACAACUCUGAAAAUUAUCAACAACAAAAAGACUGUAUUUUUUUGUU